AUGGGUCGUCUAGUCUACGUUCGCGAGGACCGUGAACCCGAACCUCGUUUUACCGGUGGCCCUUCUCGUGGGGAUUUCGGCGGUGGUGGCCGCGGCGGUUUCGGUGGUGGAGGUGGGGGUGGUUACGGCGGUGGAGCUGGUGGAAGACAGCUCUACGUGUCCAAUGACCUGAAGGAUCUUUUCCGCCAAGCAGCUCAGCAAGGCGCCGUCAUCCGUGCCGAUGUUCACACCGAUGCUACUGGACGUCCCAAGGGCUCCGGCAUUGUCGCCUUUGAAUCUCCGGAGGAUGCCCGUAAUGCUAUCCAGCAGUUCAAUGGCUACGAUUGGCAGGGUCGGGCUUUGGAGGUUCGUGAGGAUCGCUUUGCUGGUGCCGGGCCAGGCGGAUUUGGAGGCCGCGGUGGCUUCGGUGGUGGCUUUGGCCGUGGUGGUUUCGGUGGUCGUGGCGGCUUCGGCGGUGGCCGUGGCGGCUUUGGCGGAUUCGGAGGUCGUGGUGGCUACGGUGGUGGCUACGGUGGACCUCCUGGUGGUGCUGGUGGCCCUGGCUUCGAGGGUGCCCCUUCGGUUCCCCCCAACCCGUUCACGGAUUUUGCAACCUCCGGAGGCGAGAAGGGCCCGGUUAUCUAUGUCCGCAACCUGCCCUGGUCUACCUGCAACGAAGAUCUGGUCGAUCUGUUCUCGACUAUUGGAAAGGUUGAUCGUGCGGAGAUUCAGUACGAGCCCAAUGGUCGCUCUCGCGGCACGGGUGUCGUCCAGUUUGACAACGCAGAGACAGCAGAAACUGCGAUUGCCAAGUUCACCGGUUAUCAAUACGGUGGCCGUCCGCUCGGCAUCACUUUUGUCAAGUACAUGAAUGCAGGCGCUGGCCCCGUAGACGCCAUGGAGGGUGCCGAGCCGACUGGCGGUAUCACCCAGGACCAGAUCAUGUAA